CAAACAGUUGAAUUUGAAAGCAUUAGGAAUUAUAGCAUACAGAGAAGAGAAAGAGAGAAUCAGAAAUGGGGAUUUCUCACAGGUUCAUCUCUUCGUUUACAUUGCUACUCAUAAUGUUGUCCGUUUGUGUCAGUGCCUCAGAAGAGAAAACAGAGCUGAACUCCAGGCUUGUUGAAGAUAACAAAUUGCAGGGCUUGAAGAACUCAUCAAUGGCAGACGGGUUGGAUGAUGAGAAAUGGAGAAACGAGCAUGCGGUGGACAAUCGUGAGGAAAUUGCUUCAAUGGUUGAUAUGAGCAUAAGAAAUAGUACGGAGCGGAGAAACUUGGGAUAUUUCUCGUGUGGAACAGGGAAUCCGAUCGAUGACUGUUGGCGGUGCGACAGGCUAUGGUACCGUAGGCGAAGACGCCUAGCAAACUGUGGCAUCGGGUUCGGACGCAAUGCCAUUGGUGGUCGUGAUGGAAGGUACUAUGUUGUGAGUGACCCCGGUGACGAUAACCCUGUGAACCCCAAACCAGGCACCCUCCGCCAUGCCGUUAUCCAAGACCGGCCUCUAUGGAUCGUGUUCAAGCGUGACAUGGUGAUCACAUUGAAGCAAGAGCUGAUAAUGAACAGUUUUAAGACGAUCGACGCUCGCGGAGUCAACGUGCAUAUCACUUACGGGGCAUGCAUCACCAUCCAGUUCGUCACCAACAUUAUCAUCCACGGACUCCACAUUCAUGACUGCAAGCCCACAGGGAAUGCCAUGGUUCGAAGCUCCCCGUCUCAUUACGGAUGGAGGACCAUGGCCGAUGGGGAUGGCAUUUCGAUUUUUGGAGCCAGUCAUAUCUGGAUCGACCACAACUCACUGUCUAAUUGUGCUGAUGGACUUAUCGACGCAAUAAUGGGAUCCACGGCGAUUACAAUCUCAAACAACUACUUCACCCAUCACAAUGAGGUUAUGCUGUUGGGACAUAGUGAUUCUUAUGUAAGAGACAAGCAGAUGCAAGUCACCAUUGCUUAUAAUCACUUCGGUGAGGGCCUGAUCCAGCGCAUGCCGAGGUGUCGACAUGGAUAUUUCCAUGUAGUGAACAAUGACUAUACACACUGGGAAAUGUACGCCAUCGGCGGAAGUGCCGAUCCCACCAUUAACAGCCAAGGCAACCGUUUCCUUGCCCCUAAUAACCCCUUCGCCAAGGAGGUUACGAAGAGAGAAGUCGCAUGGAAUGGUGAAUGGAAGCAUUGGAAUUGGAGGUCAGAAGGAGAUUUGUUCUUAAAUGGAGCGUAUUUCACUCCGUCAGGUGCUGCAGCCGCCACCAGCUAUGCCAGGGCCUCGAGCUUAGGUGCGAAAUCGUCUUCCUUGGUCGGCAUGAUUACUUCAAAGGCAGGCGCCCUUCCCUGCCGCAAUGGCCGCAUGUGUUAAUUCUUAUCACCCCAACCGAAAAUCCAAGCAAAA